UGAUAAGAGUAGUGUAUUCAGUCCAGUUUGCAAUUUGCAUGCUGUGAUUAUAAUAAGCAUGUACAUGCAUUAUAGUACCCUUUAAUAAUUAUUGUGCGUCUUUAAACGUUUGUCUUUAUUCGUAGUUUUAGUUCUCGGUGUAUAUAAAUUCGUUUAAAUUGACAAGAUGAGCGGCGAGAAAGGAGACGCACAAAAAUCAUCGAACCAAACUGAAUUCAUCGACGAUGUAAUGUUGAAAGACUACGGUUAUGAUCUAUACCCUGAGAGGAAAUCUGCAUGGCAAAGAACCUUUGCUGGAUUGAAAGUGGAUCCUGCAAGAGAUAACCGUAACAAAAUUGCUUGUGAACAAAGAGUUUAUAGACUUAUAUUGAAUAGUCCCAUUGUAAAACUAAUGAUGGGUGCCUUAAAUUCAUCGGGCUGUCCUUUUGACUUCAGACGACACAUAUCCUGUGAAUUAUGCGAUAUACGAGUUCAUGGCGGGUAUGAUUUUAAUAUGAACCAGGUUGUAAUAUGUCACAACACAGCAAAUUCAGAAGGAUAUAUCAAUGGUAUUCUAGCACAUGAAAUGAUUCACAUGUAUGAUGCGUGUAAUCACAAACUUGACUUCAAAAAUUUGGAUCAUGUAGCCUGCACUGAAAUAAGAGCUGCUAAUAUGACCCACUGCUCAUGGCUCAGCGGUUUUGUGAGAAAUGACUUUUCUCCCUUUAAGUUACGAAAGUCACACCAGGACUGUGUGAAAAAGAAAGCGUUUCUUUCGAUGAUGGCUGCAAGGAAUUGCUCACAUGAAGAUGGCCUUGCGGCCAUAGACAGAGUUUUUGAUCGCUGUUACAAUGAUUUGGAGCCCAUUGGUAGGCGACCGAGAGGCAGCAAAGUUGACAUUGAACUAGCAUGCGAAGAAGCAAUGAACCUUGGUUACUUAUAGGUAGUGUUUCAAUUAUGAAGGUAUGAUUGUUGUUUUUCUAUGAGUUGUUUUUAUGUUUAACUUGUAAUCUAGUAAUAAAUUCACAUUUUGGUAGAUGAAA